CAAAAAUUGGGUUUUUUUCCUCCUUUUUUUUAUGGGUUUAAUAUUUAUUUUAUUUUUAGUUUUAUUGACAUUGCAUUUACAAUUCUAACAUUUCAUUCAAUUUUAAUCUUUUAAUACAGUACACCUUGUUUAUAUAUUGUAAUUAUCUAUUAUGUUAGUCACAGAAACUUUUCAUGGUUAUAUUGAAACAACCCAAGAUGUCUUGCUUAUCUUUGAAGGAUGUCGUAGAGGUUUAUUACCAAAAAUUACUAAACGUUUACAAGAAAGAGACCGUAAAAUGAUUCGGUCUGGCUCAGUUUUUGUUUUUGACGAGAAAGAAUCAGGUAUUAAGCGUUGGACGGAUGGACGCGUUUGGAGCCCAUCACGUAUUCUAGGUAAUUUUCUAAUUUACCGAGAGCUUGAUAAUAAAAAAGGUGCAGGAGAAAAUAAAAAAAGAUUAUCGGCUUAUAAUCAUAGUAGCAAUACUGAUAUGAGUUUUGGAAAUCCAUUAAAUAAUACAACAAUACGAAGAAGCUUUAGUAUUGAUGGUUCUAUUAAUCGAGAUAGAGAACGUCAAUUGAUUGGUAGUCUUUCAGAUUCAUAUCGAUUUAAAGAGAAUGGUUUAAUCAAAAAAACAAUGUCUAUUGUAUUGAAUGGUGUUGCUCAGCAUUUAAUCUCUUAUUAUGACCCAAAUGAUGUACUUCAGGAAAAACUGAGGGCUCCGUCCUCUGUACCUGAAUUAGCUAGUCUUGAAAUAUCUCCUGAGCUAUUAGCAAAAGAAAAUUUUAGAAUACCUCCUUUUGUAGAGCCUACUUUUGAUUCUUCAGGACAGACAAUAACCACCGAAGGAUCCUCCUCUACCGCUUCAAGUUACACUCAUCGUAUGCUACGUCCUCCUCACCGUAUGUCUAUCGGAUCUAUUCGUGGUCAAGAUCAAUCUUCUUCACUUUUAGCAUAUCACCCUUAUUUACCUCCACAACAGCAACAACAACAACAGCAACAACAUAGAGCUUCUUUCUCUAUUGCCUCAUCUUCUUCAAAUCAAUUUCAACAGAAUUCAAUUAUGUAUGGAAAUAAUAACAAUAAUAAUGGAUAUGAUUUUAAUCAAUCUCGUCAUUUAAGUCUAACAAACGGUUUACAUCCAACUGUGCAGACUUCACCCCUUAAUCUGGUGCCUUCUCCAAACACACCUAUGACCUCACCUUCUCGUUAUUCUCAACAUCAACGCCAUUACUCUACUUCAUCUAUUAAUAAUUUACCUCCUUUUGAUUCACUUAAUUAUGAACAUAACAAUACUAAUACAACAACAGACACUAAUACUACUACUAAUCCUACUUCACCUCAUCGUUCUAUGGAUCCUAUUUUACCCAUUGAUAAUUCCCCUUUUUCUGCCAAUUCUCGGCAACAACAACAACGACAACAACAACAGCAGCAAAGCGAACGUUUUGCUACGCCUAAUUUAGGACAACUAUUAAACCCAGUUCAUCCUUUAAGUAAUAACAAUAAUACCAAUUCAUCUUCUCCUUCAACAACUCAUAAUGUAACCGAACAUAGUAAGAGCAACAGUAAUAAUAGUAGAAAUAAUCAAAAUAGUAACGAUUUGUUGCAGACAAUGGGUCUUCCUUACGCUAUGCGAGCAACCUCAUCAAUAGAAGGACAGCCUUAUGGGUAUUCAUCGUUGCCUAGCAGCUCUGUUGCUACUAGUGCCUCUGUUACUUCUUCACAACAAAUGAAACAUCCUUUAGAUGAACUUAGUACUAAUAAUAGUAGCAGUAUGAGUAAUUAUCUAAACUUUUAUCAACAGCGUCCAUCUUCAGCAUCAACUACUAGCCAGCCGUUUCAACAUAAUGAAUCUCAAUUUAUAUCUGAACUACAAAAUCAUCUCUUUACCAAUUUGGAAUAAAAAAAAAAGAAAAUUAAAGAAGGCGUGCAUGCUAUAUAUAUAAAUAUAUAUACACGUAUACAUACACAUACCUCUUGUAUAUAUAUGUAUUA